UUCAGAGGUCUGAUCACUCUAGACUGCAAGGACAAUUUCUGUUGAGCCUGCAUCCUCUGGUGCUGGAAAGGUUCAAGUCCAAACCGCUGCUGCCCCCAUUGCAGACAAAUUGCGCAACAGAGAAACCUCAGACCCAAUAGUUAGCUAAAGAAUGUGGUACAAAUAGUCAAACAGCUGAAAGCACAGGCAGCCACAAGAGGAGGAGGCCAGACAGUGUGUGGAUAACACCAGGGGACUCUGAAACUCUUCUGUGAGGAGGACCAAGCUGCUCUCUGUGUAGUUUGCCAUCUGUUUUGGGCUCACCAAACUCACACUGUGGUCCCCAUAGAGGAGGCUGAUCACCAGUACAAGAGAAAAGCUGAGAGGCAGAAGCUAGCUUCUGAAUUUUAAUAAUAUUGUCAGUUUCUGGAGGAACAAAAGUGACACCUACUGGCCCAACUGGGAUAGCUGGAAAAGGAGAUUGCAAAGAAAAAGAAUGAAAACGUUACCAAACUAGCUAAGAUUUCCUCUCUCAAUACACUGCUCAGUGAGGUGGCAGAGAAGGUCCAGGAGCCAGCAAGCGAGUUCCUGCAAGCGAGACGUCAGAGGCACCAUGAGCAGACGUGAUGAUGAGAAGUUCCAGCAGCCAGUGGAGAUGUCUCCUGAUCUGGAAAUGAGACCCAGAGAUUUUUCCCAUAAAAGCGUUGACUUAACAGAAUCUUUAAGGAAGUUCAGAGACAAGCUGCCAUCCAACUUGGGGAAGGGAAGACAGGAACCUCAGGGAUCAUUCACCAAGGUGACGAUGACUCUGGAUCCAGACACAGCAAAUCCCAAUCUCAUCCUGUCUGCAGAUCGGAGAAGCAUGAGAUGGGGAGAUGCACAGCAGGAUCUGCCUGACAAUCCUGAGAGAUUUGACACAUGUCCCUGCCUUCUGGGCUGUAAGGAAAUCACCUCUGGGAAGCAUUAUUGGGAGGUAGAGGUGGAGGAGAAGGGAAACUGGGCUGUGGGGAUUGCCACAGCAUUUGUGAAGAGGAAGGACUGGAUUCACCGUAACCCAGAAGGAGGGAUCUGGGCUCUGGAAAAGUGGAGGAAUCAUCUGAAGGCUCUCACUAUCCCUGAAACCCAUUUGCCCCUAUGCCACUUCCCUCAAAGAAUCCGGGUCUCCCUGGACCAUCAAGGAGGACAGGUGUCCUUUUUUGAUGCUAGUAAUGAUGCCCUGAUCUUCACUUUUCCACAAACCUCAUUCACCGGGCAAAGACUCCUCCCUUGGUUCUGGCUCUAUGGCAGUAAAUCUGAGCUUAGAAUAUGCCCCUAAAAUAUGGCAUAGGACAGGAAUAUUCCACCUGAAGUGAUAAAACCUGCUGGCUUAAUAUAUGUCUCUCAGCCUCCAGCUAUUCAUCUCCAUGAUAGAGAAGUUUCCAUGGUGUCAGACCCAUAGAGAGUAUGGUGUUGUCUGGAUGGACAAGGCAAUCCCGUGGGACAUGUGUCACUUCAUCUGUUUUCCUCUGCACUUCCUGGCUCCAGCACUUCCUGGCAGUGUAGUCUUCUCAUGAGAAAGCACCAAAUAGGUAGCCAAAAUCCCUCUUGCUCAGAGCAGUCUGGACUGGAGGCUCCUUGCAAAGUCCCUGUUGAUGUCCUUUGGCUACUGGUAGGAAAUGUGCAAGUUGGAGGCUGCUGGGGAGAAGAAACUUCUGCUUCUCUUUACCCUGUACCUCCAAGGGUGGAAGGAGAGGGGAUGAAAAGCUUGAUCUGCAAGAGCAGUAGGGGUACCCUGAGGGUAUAAGCAAAACUCGUGAGGAAGUGCGUUCAGUGAUGGAAAUGAAGAUAUAACAGGACUGUUGUAGGACUGGGUGGUACACAAUUGCUAUACUGAGGGCAUGCCUACACAUGCCAAUUUAAGGUGCAUUAGCCAUGUUUAAAGGCACAUUAGGGGCAUGGGUGCGUGCCUUAAUGUGCCUUCAAAAUUGCAAUUUUAAGCUAUGUGUACCUAAAUUUGAUACCUGCAAAAGCAGGUAUCAAAUUAGGUGCAAACAGCUGAAGUGCCUUAACGCACAUGUAGACACACUAAGGUGCAUUAACACUGUGUAUGUCAACUGACUUGAGACUAAUUUUAGUCCUAAGUUGGUCCAUACACAGUGUUAAUGGGCCUUAGCAUGUGCACAUGUAGACGUGCACCUAAAUAGUUUUAAUGUGCAUUAGACAAAUGCGCAUUAAGUUUUGGUGCACAUAAAAGCAUGUGUAGACAUGCCCUGAGGAACAAGCAGAUAUGGGGGUCACAGGACAAAGAUGCAAAAAUUAGAUUUUGGUUUGGGUGAAAAGCUGGAAUUAGAAAGCAGAAUCUCUGUACUGGCAGAAAAUAUACAAAACCGUUGCAUAUGAUCUUUGGGUCUCACAGUCAGAGGUCUUGUAGCAGGGCCAAACUUACCUUUCUCCAUUAAAAUCUAACAUGGGCAGGGGAAAUUCAAAAAUCAACAGAAAGAGCAAAAGCAUGAGUGGAAGGGACAGAAAAAUAAAGGAGGCUGAUCAAUAAGUGUUAUAAAUAAUGGUGAAUAGUAAUAGAGACAAGGAAAGAGAAGGAGUAAGGAGGAAAGUGUAAGAGGGAGGUAUAGGGAGCUAAAAUGACACUAAUUCAUUAUGUCCAUAUGUUUGUUCAUGGACAUUGGUGCCAUUUUUGUGGUUUUAAAAUGUUUCAUUUUUGUGCAUUUUUUCUCAUGUGCCGGUUAUUAAAAGUCACUUUCAGCUUCUUGUCAAACCUGACUUUUUCUUUCUGUAUAAAUAAAGAACUAACACCUUUGUGCCCUC